UUAAAAUAUAACUAAAUUUUCACAUGUAUCCUAUCCAACCUAUGCUAGAAUGAAGACCUUGGUGGUUCAAACAAUACUUACUUGAUUAUUUAUUAAAAAUCAUUGACGAUCUUGUAAUUUAUCCUUACUUUAACCAAAGUCUAGACAUCCAUUAAGGAAACACAGCCAAAAAGUACUACUUCUAUAUUAUUAUAUAAUUAUUAAAUCCAACACAAGUAUCAACACCAGAAUCCAAAUUCCUACUCCUAUUCAUCAAUUCUCUCUAAGUGGAUAAACAAAAUCUCCACUUUCUUUUAUAUUCAAAGCAAACAUGUCAUUUCAAAUAUCAUAUUACACCCUCAUUAUUAUUUCUUCUAUUUUCGCUUAUUCCCUGCGUCUCGUGGCAAGUGCAAAUUGCACAUGCGACCCAGAAGACACAAAUCAAGACAAUAAAAACGUUACUUUUAAAUACAAAUUGGGGGCAAUUGCGGCCAUACUGGUAGCAAGUGCCCUCGGAGUUUCACUCCCUAUAAUCGGUAAAAAAAUUCCAGCCUUACAUCCCGAGAGCAACUUAUUUUUCCUAGUGAAAUCUUUCGCGGCAGGGGUAAUUUUGUCCACAGGAUUUAUUCAUAUACUUCCAGACGCUUUCGAUGAUCUUAGCAACCCUUCUCUUAAGAAAAGCCACCCAUGGUCGAAAUACGAUGCGUUUCCGGGUUUGUUCGCGAUGAUCGGGGCACUAGGAAGUUUGAUGAUUGAUGCUUUCGCCACGGGGUAUUACCGUAGAGUACACUACAGUAAGCCGGGUCCUUCGGCUACGGUUGACGAGGAAAUUAACAUGGACCAUUUGGGUCACGUACACCUUCAUUCACGUGGUAGUCAUGGACAUGCUCUUGGUCCUGCAGGUCCCGGAGCUACUGCUAGUCAUGUGGGAUUGAACGACUUGGAUCGUAUUCGAUAUAAAGUCACCUCACAGGUGUUGGAGAUGGGAAUUGUGGUCCAUUCAGUAAUUAUAGGGAUCUCACUUGGUACGUCUCAGAGCCUUCGUCGUAUCAAACCUCUAAUGAUAGCUUUGUGCUUUCAUCAAUUUUUUGAGGGUGUUGGACUUGCUGGAUGUAUUGUACAGGCCUCUUUUAAGUCAGCAUCAACCUUGUGCAUGGCCUUGUUCUUCUCCCUCACUACUCCAGUAGGGAUUGCAAUAGGAAUUCCAAUAACCAAUAGUUAUAAUGAUGAUAAUCCAUCUACAUUAAUUAUUCAAGGAACAUUAAACUCCAUUGCAGCAGGGAUCUUGAUAUACAUGGCACUUGUUGAUCUUCUUGCUCAAGACUUUAUGAACCCUAAAGUGCAAACCAAUACUAAGCUUUUCUUAGGGGCCAACAUUACCUUGCUUCUUGGUGCUGGUUUUAUGGCUGUUUUGGCUUAUUGGGCUUGAUUAUUACUCUUUAUGAGCUUUUACUUAUUUGUCUUGCAAACCAAUACUCUUUAUGAACCCUAAAGUGCAAACCAAUACAAGUAAUUAUAUCUUAUGUUGAGUCAAGUCGAGGAGAAAACGAGGAGAUAGAAGGAAGUAUGCUCAAACGAACAAAAACAAGUUGAGCUUCCCGUGUGGUUAUGAUGCAUAUAUUUAAAUGAUCGGAGUAACAUUAUCUAGACUGGUGUAUGAUAAUCAGAGUAACAUCCUAGAGCCUCAACUAUCAACUUGAGUUUUUGCAUUUGAUUCUUUGACAUGGUAUAAAAAGCCAAUGUGACGAAAAAUCACGAGUUUGACUCUCAUACACAUCUCAUUUCAAACAUUUCAAAGUGAAAUAUUUAGUGUUAGAUAUGAGAACAUGUAUUGCAUUCAAUUAGACAGAUUUAUAGGAAUGUAAUGGAUCAAUGCUCUUAGCAUUGUGCUCUGAAUAUUUCACCACUUCUGUACAUCUUUAGACAAGUACAAAAUUAUUUGGCUUUUGCUCACA